AUGGAGAAGAUAAAAGCAUUGACAUCUGAGAAUGGAGUUGUGAUCUUCACCAAGAGCACUUGUUGCUUGUGUUAUGCUGUUACCAUUCUCUUCCAUGAACUUAGGGUGAAUCCUAUAGUCUAUGAAAUAGACAAAGAUCCUCAAGGAAGGGAGAUGGAGAAGGCUCUCCUGAAGCAAGGCUGUAAUUCAUCCCCUGUGCCAGCUGUAUACAUAGGCGGCAAGCUCGUGGGGUCCACCAAUGAGGUGAUGUCCCUUCACCUAAGUGGCUCCCUCAUUCCACUCCUCAAAACGUAUCAGUCCCUUUCUUAA